CGCGGUGCCGUCCUCGCGCGAGGAUCGCACGCCGCGUCCUCGUCCACCCGAAAGCGCCGCUAUGCUGACGCUGCAGCAGCAACAAACGGAGCAGACAAUAGCACGAAAAUGGGGUUGAGGCGACGGCGUAACAAACUGAGCGGGACGUCCACCACGAGGCAAUCAGCUUAGAUCCAACGUAAAGAAGAUGACGACCGCCAUGGCCCGGCUGCCCUGCAAGCAAUCGUCGUCCUCGCCCUCGCAGCAGACGCGAGUGAGCAAUUUCGGUAGCAGCCGGAACCCGUACUGGGACAUGCAGCAGGUCAGGCAUCCCGCGCCGUCGUACGUCAGAAGUCAUCAUCGACACACCGAUUAUACAGGAAAGCGGAAGAGCGCCGUGGAGUUGCUGCAGGAGACGAAAGCCUUCUACGUGAAGAGCGAGACCGUGCUGGAUCGGAAGCAGGAGCUGAAGAACAGUGGCCACUUGCAGGUCUCGCAGCUGAGCGCGCCCGGCGCACCGCCUCCGAGAUUGCUGCGGAAAUGCCCCGGCAACUCGUCCGGCUGCCCCAUGCAGCCGACCUCGCCGUCGCAAUUGCAACCGACUCCCUUGACGCCGCCCUGCUGUUGGGUUUCGUGUCACGAACAGGACAGACUAGACGGGAUUCUGAGUCCUCAACAAACACUGCCACCCGCGCUGCCACCGAAGAGUCCACGUUUGGUUCCAGUUCCCCAAAGACGGGCGAUUUCGGGGCCCCCGAGCGGUACCGGGGGCGAGCUGCAAACAAAGCUGCGUCGGCUGCUGAACACCGACAGCAAGGAGAACAUGUUCUUUCCCGACAGCCCGCCGCAGAGCACGGCGCAGAGCAACGGGGUGCCGACGCGGGAGGAGAAAUUCCGAUACUCGCCCGGAAGUCUCUCGCCCGGCUGUCGGGAUGAGGAUCGUAUCCUGCAUUGCGCGCCGCAAGACGUACGCUUCAAGUUCGGCAGAAGCAACUCGCACUCGCACACUUCCGGUAGGUCCGGUCGGAAGUCGAACAGCUCCCCGUCGGUGGAAAACACGAUAUGCCACAAGUCGCUGCCGGAUCUCCACACGAGCACGCGCCGCCGGGCGUCGCUCUCGCCGCGCGCGUCCACGAAAAUAUCCGCGAAGCCGACUGCCCAUCAUCAAGCUACGAACACGGGCAAUUGCCCGGAAUAUGAAACUAGUUCAGAUUAUUCGGACCACAGCUUUAAGCGUGACGCCGUUUGCUAUCGCAGUUCUCGCCAUAUCAGGCGAUCUUUGGGAUCUGGUGGCGGCGAUGCGAGCAGCGUGUUAUCCUCGGGCGGGCGAACGCAGAAGUCGUCGGGGUCCAGCAAGUUGAGCCAUGGCGCGACAGCCAGAGACUCCGGCGGCUCCUCCGGACACUGUACUCAUCGCAGCGAGCCGGCGCCCAGGAUACAGGAUUGCUGGGCUCACAUACGCAGAGACAGCGGUGCGUCCACGCAACACUCUACCGAGAAAGACCGAUCGAGGAAAGGCAGUUACAUUGGUGGGACACCGCCGUCCGUUGUGAGACACUACAGCCCGGAGUCUGAGAGUAGCAAUAGUCAAACGGACUACAGCCCGACCUGUAAUUCAAGGUUCUCCGACGGUUGGAAGGAAGGUCGCGGUCGACCGAUCCUACGAUCGAAAUCGGACAUCAGCGAUCGAUAUUGGCGCCAGGAUAACGGCCGUUCCAGCAAGGUAUCCUCCCGUCCGCCGCGAUCGAUGACUCAGCUCGAGAACUUCUUCGACCGUUUAGGACUCGACUCGGAUAACUAUCAGCGUAUAACGGAACCCGACUCCAAGACGUCGUCGCCCGUGUUCUUCGACAGCGUCAGCUCCGUGGACUCGGCGUUGGGUCUCUACUCCUGGGUCGGCACCAAUCAGACGAAUCCGGGUAGCCAGUGGCAGAACAACUGCAGCAUCGGCAUGGGUAACGACGAGUGUAACCAAAGGGUAAACGAUCCGCCGAGUAUCGUCGAGCGAAACGCACGUAUUAUCAAAUGGCUUUGCCAGUGCCGCAAAGUGCAAAUAGGAUACAGUUAAACAACGAGUUUCUCAGUGCGUGAGUAAAUCCCUCAUUUCCAAAUGACAGUACGUUCAAAUCAACGAUGUGGCAGCGUUUACCAUUUCUGCAAACGGUAUAUCAGACACUCCGCAGAAAUUUCCGAAUUCAUAUGUUUCUCGUAAAUGUGAAAUUAAUUGUCGCCUUUCCUCUUCCUUUUUACAACUUGCAUAACAUUAAAUCGUUUAAGGAUUUUUAUUAAUCAUGUAUUAGCUGUUCGGCGUAUAAGCGAUUAAAUAUCGCGUUUUAAUUUAUUACGAUAAUAAUCUAGACAAAUCUGUGCCAUUUCAUAAUCACUCGUUACGGUUCUAUACGGUGUGCCUUUCAUUGUCAUUACGCAUUCAGGGUAAAGAGAAAAGUCUUUGAAACACGUAUUUGCGUGUGAUGUUGCGUUAAUUUGUACAAUUAAAUUUGUAUAGACAAGUUUGAUGUCUAAUAUUUUUGAGGGCACACACAUUAAAAUUUGCUUAUAUAUUUAAUAUUACUCUCGGACAAAUUUGUUAUUAUAUAUUUUAAUAUCAUUAAUUUUGUAAUAAGUCUACGAUAUGUUGCGCGAAUAUUUUUCCUAUUUAGCAAAGCAAUACUAGAUAAUUACACGAGCAAAGUCGUGCAUAAGGAACGUGGAAUUUAUUACAUUUUGAUGUAAAGUUGUAUAAAUUUAGCGAUUCGUGUUUCUCAUUUUCAAUCUUGAGAAUGAUUAGUUGAUUUGUAGAGAGAAAGUACUCAGACGAAAGAAGAUAUUUACCUCGACUUUAUGAAAACUUAUAGAUCUAAUUUCAUAAAAAAAAGAUUAAAAAAUGUUGCCUUUACUCUUGUUGGUUUCUAAAAACCAUCGUACAUUUAAAAUGAAUAUAAGCGUUCAAUUGAUGUUAAUAUUCGACGAAAUUUAGAAGGUGAUCGAUAAGUUACAAAUAGCUUGGUGUUAAACGAUAGACGAAAAUAUGAUUCCAAUUUUUGUAGUUCAGUAGGAAUUGAUGUGAUUUAUAUCAAUACUGUAUAAAGUGAAAAACAAACGCUCAUUUAUCAUCAUUCUAUUUUAAUAAUAAUCUACAAACGUUUACACUAGCUUCACUGGACUAGCCUUUACGCUCAUCAAUUUUUGUUUCGUCAUCAUACAACGUAAAUCAUACAACGUAAUUCAUAACUAAACAAAUAUAGUGAACAUAUAUUUUCGAAAUUUUCUUGAAACUGAUCUGAUGAUACGCUAUAUUUACAAAGACUGCGUGAACUCUACAAAUGACAUUAGCUUAAUGUGUACAUGGAUCUUAAUGCGCCUUGAAUUUUCAUUUUUUCGCCAGUUGUAGCAGAGAUUUAUUAUCGUACUUACAAGGAAAUAUGUAAUGCAGAAACUCGAUAUCGAUAAUACAGGAUAAUUAAUUCGAUAAUUUGUUUAUGAUGUAAUCAAUGUUUCAUAAUUUGUACUACAAGAAUCGUAUAUUUUACAUUUUAAUAAUGAAUUGAUCGUACGGCAAUUGUACUUACAGUUUCUUGGUUAUUUAAUUUUCAAUAUUUUUAUAUUUGAUGUUUAAUGCAGUCAACAUGUCGCAAUGCACGUUUCGUAAAGUAUAGCAUCUCUCCUCCCGCGCGCCAUUCUUUUGAUCAAAAUAUAACAUAUUAACGGAGAGUUGAUUACAGUUAACUCCUCGUUUUCAUGAAGUUCCGUAUUGCAACUUCUUCAAAUGAUGUACUCCUGCUCUCCCAUUACUGAUAUUUACUACAUGAACGAGAAAGAAAGUGAAAGGCAGAGCAGUCAUUCAAGUGGCACAUUUGCAUAUGUGCUAUCAGGAUAAGAAAGUGGCAGGCUGAGGGGAAACCUUGCAUUCAGGUGAACGUUUGAUCCUGAUUAUUUCGUAAAACGAAAGACUAAUCGUAUAAUAUGUAUUACGAAUAAGAAUUCUGCAUUAUGUAUUUCUUAGUUUUUCAUGAAAGAACCACUUCUAUUUUAGAUGUGUAACAAACAUGAUCUUCAUCCGCAUAAUUCCUGUAGAAUUUAAUUAUUGGCUUUUUCCUCCGUCUGUUUAAGUUCUCCCUAUUCUAUGGCAAUCAAAUGGUAGUGUAAGAGAUUUUGGAUGUUCACGACACUUAUGUGAUUCAUAUAUUCUUGUAACACGCGAUUUUUGUGUAAUACAAAAUGCAAUUAUUCUCGAA